AUGUCGCAAACAAGGCCACUUCGAAACAAUGUACAGUUCGGUGACUCCACCUAUACCAAAAUCUUUGUUGGUGGGUUGGCUUGGAAAACUCAAAGAGAUACAAUGAGACUUUACUUUGAGCAGUUUGGAGAGAUUCUCGAAGCUGUUGUUAUUACUGAUAAAAAUACUGGAAGAUCUAAAGGCUACGGUUUUGUUACAUUUAAGGAUCCAGAUUCAGCCAUGAGGGCUUGUCACAACCCUUCUCCUGUAAUUGAUGGAAGGACAGCAAACUGCAAUCUUGCAUCACUUGGUGCCAACAAGAAUCGUCCCCCGGUUCCGCAUCAUGGGAUGGGUAGACUUAGAGCAACACCUGGAUUCAUGACGCGACCCUUUUUUCAAGGCUCUUCGUCGACUUAUUUCCAUCAUUCCGCUCCUCAUCCUUAUUCGGCCUAUGGGUACACUGGAUACUACUCUCAAGAUGCUAUGUACAACAACAUGAACUAUUACGGUGUAUAUGGUGGACCGCAUUGGAUGUACCCUAAUUUUUAUUCGACGUACGAUCAAUAUUCCCAAAGCGGCCAAGGGUCCGGUUUUGGAGUUCAUUAUCCUCAAAUGUUACAGUAUCCAUUUAUAUCCACUCCUGUACUAGUUCCUUCUUCAGUGGCUAUGGCAACAACCAGCACAGAUUCAACCAUAACUGCCAACAGGGUGCAAAAUGCUAUCUCCGAAUAG